AUGGCCAACGGCACCAGCCCCGAGGGGAGCUCCCCCGCGCCGCCGGAGCCCGACCCGGAAACGAGCGUGGAACCCGACUCGGACGCCAAGCCCGAGCCCGGCGAGGCCCGCUGUGACAGAGAGGAUGAGGAAGAGGAGGAAGAAACGGCGCCGGGGCAGCAGAAAGCCGGAGGUCAGAGUGUGGAUCCGGAGUGGGUGGAGGACAGGUUCAGGAUCAACAGGAAGAAGUUGGAGACCAUGUUGUACGCUCCAAACAAUGGAGAUGCUAUGACAGGCGAGGAGUUUUUUGAGACAGUGAUGAAAGAAACUCACACUCAGGUGAAAUGGCCUUCCAAGUUGAAGAUUGGCGCCAAGUCAAAGAAAGAUCCGCAUGUAAAGGUGGAAGGGAAGAAAGAAAAUGUUUUGGAAGCUAAAAAGAAGAUUCUCGAAGUUCUAGAAACCAGGGUAAACAAGGUGACGCUGAAAAUGGACGUGGCCUACACGGAGCACUCCCACGUGAUCGGCAAAGGCGGCGGAAACAUCAAGAAGGUGAUGGAAGUCACGUCCUGUCAUAUCCAUUUCCCAGACUCCAACCGCCACAAUGUUGCCGGAGAGAAAAGCAACCAGGUGUCGAUUGCCGGACCCAUCGAGGGAGCGGAGGAGGCCAGGAGGAGGAUAAGAGAUCUGCAGCCGCUGACUUUGACGUUCGACCUGCCGGUCAGCUUGGCCCCUCAGGCCCUGCCAGACGCUGGCUCGCCUCUCAUCCAACAGGUGGUGCAGACGUUUGGGGUCAGCGUGAGCUUCAGAGCGCUGCCGCCGCAGCCCGCCUUCUUCGGGAGCUGCUGCACCGUGUGGGGCCUGCAGGGCAACGCCUCGGCGGUCAAGAAGGCGACCUGCGUCCUGAUGGAGCUGCUCCUGGGUUCGGAGGUGACAGGGAGCGUCGUGAGCAGCCAGCUGGAUGUCACCUCGCAGCAGCAUCUCUUCUUGUUGGGGCAGAACGGAGCUCACUUCCUGAGCGUUAUGCACCACACGCAGACCCAGAUCAUCCUACCCGACCUCAGCGCACCCCAAAGCCUCCCCUCACUGGUCAUCCAGGGAAGCCCCGACGGAGUGUGCCUGGCCCGGCAGCAGCUCAUGGACUGUCUGCCGGUGUGCUUGAUGUUUGACAUGCGGGAAGAGGCGGAGGCAGAUCCCUGCGCGCUGGCUCAGAUGAUGCAAAACCUUGGCGUCUUCAUUAGCGUCAAGCCCAAAGUGAAGCAGACCAACAAGUCAGCGGUGGUGAAAGGUCUGGAGAGGAAUAUCCAGUGUCUUUACGAAGCCCGUCGUCGGUUGCUGGGCUUGGAUGACCCCAAGGUGACCCCUGACCCCAUUCUGACGGGCAACGAGUUGACCAGCUAUUGGCUCAACAUGCUGCUGCAGCAGCUGCGGCUCUCUGAACACGGCCCCGUACCCGCUCCUAUUCCAGAGCUUCUCAGUGGGCCGAAGGCUCGUCCGUCACCUCCGCCCGGGCUGCCCGCCCCCAAUGACGAAGGGAGGGCGGGACUGAAGGGAACAGACAGCCGUCCACUGGAGAAGAUCCUAGAAAAUGACGACCAGUCGGGCCAAUCGGAUGAUGACAAUUGUAAGGCUACGGUGAUAAUGACAUCACUGGAGGACGCAAUGAACUUCCCCAGCGGGCCCAGAGUGACGCCGACGGGUCGGAGGGGGAGCCUGCAGGGUCCGGAGACGAGCAAAGUUUUCAACCGGGCCAGACGGCACUCCACAGGGCAGGCGUUUACGAGCCGGAUGCUGAAUGCAGAAACGGAACGAGGGCGGAUGGAGCGCAGGAACAGCCUGAGGAGAGACGUGAUGCUGCCGCAGGAUGUUCGCGCAGAACUCUCUGAAUCCGAGGUUUAUGACUACGAGAAGAAGAAAUUGCUGGCGACCAGAGCGAUGCAGAGAAAGCCAGUGGUGACUGAAGUCCGCACUCCCACAGACACUUGGAGCGGUCUCGGCUUUUCCAAGUCCAUGCCGGCGGAGGCCGUGAAGGAGCUACGGAACGUCAGCCGUCGCAGUUACAAGCCCUACUUAAGCUCCAGCAGCAGCCAGUCGUGGGCCAACCAGAGCGGGACGGCGUCGAAUGGGAGCAAUUCGGACAACUGGAGGGACAGACGCGGAUCCCAGCCCGCCUCAUCGUCUUCCUCCUCCUCCUCCUCCUCGCCGUCCUCCCCACCGCCGACGUCCUUCUCACCCUCCUCCCGCUUCCCCACGUUUGCGGCUCACAGAAACAGAAGUGACAAAGCCCCGGAGGGCUUCCCGGGUCGCAACUACUUUGACGACGUGUGCUCAUCAAGGAGGGCGUCGACCUGCAGUCAGCGUAGCCCCUCCCCCCAGAUGAUGGACGAGCUGCCAGAGCUCCUCAGCCAACUGGGCUUGAUGAAGUACAUUGACGUGUUGGAGCAACAAGAGAUUGACUACCAGACUUUCCUCACUCUGUCUGAUGACGAUCUGAAGGAAGUGGGCGUGUCCACGUUUGGAGCCAGACGCAAGAUGCUGUUGGCUAUCUCCGACCUGAACAAGAGCAAGAGGAGGCCUUCAGACACGUCCAGUGUGAAGUCCGGUUACCUGGAAGGCGGCGCCAGCGGUAGACUGCCUCGCAUUGCGGCCAUGGAAGUCGCCGCCCUGAGCAACCGCUGGUGAAAGGCAAUGCUAAACCACUGCCAUCUUCUCAACUGUGGAACUGAAGCUCCAACAGACAUAUCAGCUUCCUUCAUGAAGAAACAAACAAAAAGACAGCCUGUAGUCAUUCGUGCUUUGCAGCGGCAGCGGCCGAAUUCCAAAGCUUUUCCUACAAAGUCAAGACAAGGUGGUCUUCUCUUCCAAACUUCUGUUUUUAUACGAAAAAGUCAAACAUGACACAGAAGUUCAUGAUAGCUUUCAUGUGAGUUUAUGUGCCUUUCUUUCAGCAAAACAAUACUUUUCACGCUAUCUCUGUAUUAACCCUUACUUUCAUGCAAAUGUAAAUGGAUA